AUGCUGCACUGCGUGCUGCACCGCGCCGCCCGCCUGCGCAAGGGCGACCCCGUGGCCAGCCUGACUUUCCGAGGCGUGAAGAAGAAGACGAAAGUCAUCAAGAACAACGUGAACCCCGUGUGGAACGAGGGCUUCGAGUGGGAUCUCAAGGGAAUUCCCUUGGACCAGGAUGCCGAGCUCACCGUGGUGGUGAAGGACCAUGAGACCGUGGGCAGGAACAGGUUCCUGGGAGAGGCCCGCGUGCCCCUGCGCGAUGUGCUGUCCGCGCCCGGCCUCGCCGCCUCCUUCAACGUGCCCCUGCUCGACGCCAAGAAGCAGGACACGGGGGCUUUCGUCAUCCUGCAGGUGUCCUACGCGCCGCCGCCGGGAGCUGCCCCGCUCUUCCCGCCGCCCGCGCCCCCGGAGCCGGUGCCGGCGCCGGCCGCCGCGGAGCCUGACACGCUCACAGAGCCGGCCACCGAGGAGGACCUCGAGGACCAGCCCGUGACGGGCGACGAGACGGAGCCGCCGUCGGGGCCGCCGGCGGCCGAGCAGCCCGCGCUGCCCCGCAAGCCGCCCGCGCACCACGGCCUCAAGCGGAGGAAAAGCGCCCCCAAAAAGCCCCUGUCCGACAAGCCCCAGGACUUCCAGAUCCGCGUGAGAGUCAUCGAGGGCAGGCAGCUCCCCGGGGUCAACAUCAAGCCCGUGGUGAAGGUCACGGCCGCGGGGCAGACCCGCAGGACCAGGAUACGCAAGGGCAACAGCCCCUUCUUUGACGAGACCUUCUUCUUCAACGUGUUUGAGUCCCCGGCCGAGCUGUUCGAUGCGCCCAUCUUCAUCACGGUUGUGGAUUCGCGGUCUUUCCGCACGGAUUCAGUGAUUGGGGAAUUUCGGAUGGAUGUCGAGACGGUUUAUUCUGAGCCAAAACACGCGUUUCUCAGGAAAUGGCUCUUGCUGUCGGACCCCGAGGACUUUUCGGCGGGGGCCAAGGGCUACCUGAAAGUCAGUCUCUUUGUGCUGGGGCCUGGAGACGAAGCUCCUAUGGAGAAGAAGGAGAUCUCGGAAGAGAAGGAGGACAUCGAAGGGAACAUCUUGCGUCCCACGGGGGUCGCCUUGAGAGGGGCUCACUUCUUACUGAAGGUCUUCAAGGCUGAGGACCUGCCGCAGAUGGACGAUGCCGUCAUGGACAACGUGCGGCAGAUCUUCGGCUUUGAGAGCAACAAGAAGAACCUGGUGGAUCCCUUCGUGGAAGUCAGCUUUGCCGGCAAGACGCUCUACUCGAAGAUCCUGGAGAAGAACGCCAACCCGCAGUGGAACCAGACCCUCGUGCUGCCCGCCAUGUUCCCUUCCAUGUGUGAGAGGAUGCGGAUCCGCGUCACGGACUGGGACCGGCUCACGCACAACGACGUCGUGGGCACCGCCUUCCUGCGCAUGUCGAGGAUCUCGGCGCCCGGCGGGGAGCUGGAGGGCGAGUUCCCCGCUCUCGCGGAGCCCCUGAAAGCCGCACACCUGGACGAUGGACUCGGGUUCCUGCCCACCUUCGGCCCCUGCUACAUCAACCUCUACGGCAGCCCCAGGGAGUUCACCGGCUUCCCGGACCCUUACGAGGCGCUCAACCUGGGCAAGGGCGAGGGCGUCGCGUACCGGGGCCGGCUGCUCGUGGAGCUGCAGACCAAGCUGGCGGAGCAUGCGGAGCAGAAGGUGGAGGACAUCCCCGCCGAGGACGUCGUGCGCGUGGAGAAGUACCUGCGGCGCAGGAAGUACUGCCUCUUCGCCGCCUUCUACUCGGCCACCAUGCUGCAGGACGUGGACGACGCCGUCCAGUUCGAGGUCAGCAUGGGCAACUACGGCAACAAGUUCGACACCACGUGCCUGCCGCUGGCCUCCACCACGCAGUACAGCCGGGCCGUGUUCGACGGCUGCCACUACUACUACCUGCCCUGGGGCAACGUGAAGCCCGUCGUGGUGCUCUCGUCCUACUGGGAGGACAUCAGCUACCGCAUGGACGCGCAGAACCUGCUGCAGCACGCGGCCGAGCGCCUGGAAGCCAACCUGGAGAACAUCCGCGUGGCGCUCAAGGCCAACCGCUCCCCGGGCGACCUGGACGCGCUGCUUGCCCAGCUGCUGGACGACCUCAUCGCCGACUGCAGGCAGCAGCUGCCCGACGUGGCGGGGCGGCCGAGCAGCACCCAGCUGGACCAGCAGCUGCACCGCCUGCGCGGCGCGCACCUGGAGCGGGUGCUGCGCGCCGCGCUCCGGCUCAAGCACGAGGAGGGCGCGGGCCUCGGCGCCGCGCUCGAGGAGGCCGACGAGUGGCUGGGCCGCCUCCGGGCCGUGGCCGAGGAGCCGCAGAGCAGCCUCCCGGACGUGCUCAUCUGGAUGCUGCAGGGCGAGCGGCGCGUGGCGUGCGCCCGCGUGCCCGCGCACCAGGUGCUCUUCUCGCGCCGCGCCGCCAGCUGCUGCGGCAGGAGCUGCGGCAAGCUGCAGACCAUCUUCCUCAAGUACCCGCAGGAGGAGGCCAUGGGCGCCCGCAUCCCGGCGCAGAUCCGCGUGCGCCUCUGGCUGGGGCUCUCCGUGGACGAGAAGGAGUUUAACCAGUAUGCCGAAGGGAGGCUCUCCGUCUUCGCCGAAACCUAUGAGAACCAGACCAAGCUGGCGCUGGUCGGGAACUGGGGCACGACCGGCCUGACUUACCCCAAGUACUCGGACGUGACGGGCAGGAUCAAGCUGCCCAAGGACAGUUUCCGCCCCUCGGCGGGCUGGACCUGGGCCGGCGACUGGUUCAUCAGCCCGGAGAAGACGCUGCUGCACGACGCGGACGCCGGGCACCUGAGCUUCGUGGAGGAGGUGUUCGAGAACCAGCUGCGCCUGCCCGGUGGCCAGUGGAUCCACAUGUCGGACGCCUACACGGACGUGAACGGAGAGAAGGUGCUGAGUAAGGAGGAGAUUGAGUGUCCGCCGGGCUGGAAGUGGGAAGACGUGGAGUGGGACACCGACCUCAACAGAGCUGUGGACGAGAAAGGCUGGGAAUACGGCAUCACGAUCCCGCCGGACCGCAAGCCCAAGGCGUGGGUGCCCGCCGAGAAGAUGUACCACACGAACCGGCGGCGGCGCUGGGUGCGCCUGCGCCGCCGCGACCCCGCGCAGCUCGACGCCGCGCGCAAGCGCAGGCAGGAGGAGCUGGCGGGCGAGGGCUGGGAAUACGCGUCGCUCUUCGGCUGGCGCUUCCACAUGAAGUACCGCAAGACGGACACGUUCCGGCGCCGGCGCUGGAGGCGCCGCAUGGAGCCCUUGGAGCGCACGGGCGCCGCCGCCGUCUUCGCCUUGGAGGGGGCCCUGGGGGGAGUGACCGAUGACAAGAGCGACGAUGGCAAAUCCGCCUCGACCCUCAGCUUUGGAGUCAACAGACCCACCAUCUCCUGCAUUUUCGACUACGGGAACAGGUACCACCUGCGCUGCUACAUGUACCAAGCUCGGGAUCUCAUCGCCAUGGACAAGGACAGCUUCUCAGAUCCUUAUGCCAUCGUCUCCUUCCUCCACCAAAGCCAGAAGACGGUGGUGAUCAAGAACACCCUGAACCCCACGUGGGACCAGACCCUCAUCUUCUACGAGAUAGAGAUCUUUGGGGACCCCCAGACCGUGUCCGAGUGCCCUCCCAGCGUCGUGGUGGAGAUCUAUGACCACGACACCUACGGCGCCGACGAGUUCAUGGGGCGCUGCGUCUGCAAGCCCGGGGUGCUGCGCGCCCCGCGCCUCUCCUGGCACCCCGUCCUCAAGGGCGGGCGCAACGUGGGCGAGCUGCUGGCCGCCUUCGAGCUCAUCCAGCGGGAGAAGCCUGCUGUCCAUCACAUCCCCGGCUUCGAGAGUGAGCUCUCUGCCAGUCUGGAUGAGGACGAGGACUCGGACCUGCCGUACCCGCCGCCGCAGCGGGAGCCCAACGUCUACGUGGUGCCGCAGGGCAUCAAGCCGGUGCUGCAGCGCACCGCCGUCGAGAUCCUGGCCUGGGGGCUGAGGAACCUCAAGAGCUACCAGCUGGCGAGCGUCACGUCGCCCAGCCUACUGGUGGAGUGCGGGGGCCAGCUCGUGCAGUCCUGUGUCAUCAAGAACGUCAAGAAGAACCCCAACUUCGACGUCUGCGUGCUCUACAUGGAAGUGCGCCUGCCCAAGGAGAGUCUGUACAGCCCCCCCAUCGUCAUCAAGGUCAUCGACAACAGGCCCUUCGGCCGCAGGCCCGUGGUGGGGCAGUGCACCAUCCGCUCGCUGGAGGACUUCUACUGGGACCCGUACGGCGAGGAGACGGAUGGUCCUCAGGAGGAGCCAGAUGAUGCGAGCCUCACGCCCAAAGACGACGUUCUCAUCGACAUUGACGACAAGGAGCCUCUCAUUCCCUCCCAGCUUGCGGAGGGCAUGACCAGCUCGCCAUUAAUUAACAUACCAGCUUCGUGCUCCGAUCCACAUAAGAUACCAUGGGAGGAAGAAUUCAUUGACUGGUGGAGCAAGUUCUAUGCUUCCACGGGAGAGAGGGAAAAAUGUGGCUGCUAUUUGGAGAAGGGCUUCGACACGCUGAAGGUCUACGAGACAGAGCUGGAGAGCGUGGAGGACUUCGAGCACCUCUCGGACUUCUGCCACACCUUCAAGCUGUAUCGUGGCCGGACACAGGACUCAAAUGACGAUCCCUCCGUUGUGGGAGAGUUCAAGGGCUCGUUCCGGAUCUACCCCCUCCCGGAGGACCCCCGCGUCCCGGUCCCGCCGCGGCAGUUCCACCAGCUCCCGGCCAGGGGACCCCAGGAGUGUCUUGUCAGGGUCUACAUCAUCCGGGCCUUUGAUCUGCAGCCCAAGGAUGCCAAUGGCAAGUGCGAUCCCUACGUGAAGAUUUCGGUGGGAAAGAAAUCCAUAAACGACCAAGACAAUUACAUCUCCUGCACGCUGGAGCCUGUCUUUGGAAAGAUGUUUGAGCUGAGCUGCACUCUGCCCCUGGAGAAGGACCUGAAGGUCACGCUCUAUGACUACGACCUCCUGUCGAAGGAUGAGAAGAUUGGAGAGACGGUCAUAGACCUGGAGAACCGGUUCCUGUCCAAAUACGGGGCGCGCUGUGGCCUCCCCCAAACCUACUGCACGUCAGGCCCCAACCAGUGGCGAGACCAGCUCCGGCCAUCCCAGCUGCUUCACCUCUUCUCCCAGCAGCACAACUACAAGGCUCCCACCUACAAGGCUGACCGCCUUGUCUUCCGGGAGCAGGAGUACAUCCUCUCGGAGUUGGAGGAUGGCAAGCCCGCCAACCCGCACCUGGGGCCCGUGGAGGAACGGCUCGCCCUGUACGCGCUGCGGCGGCAGGGCUUGGUGCCCGAGCACGUGGAGACGAGGCCUCUCUACAGCCCUCUGCAGCCCGAGAUCGAGCAGGGAAAGCUGCAGAUGUGGGUGGACCUGUUUCCAAAAUCCUUGGGUCAGCCUGGUCCCCCCUUCAACAUCACGCCCCGCAAAGCAAAGAGGUUCUUCUUGCGCUGCAUCGUCUGGAACACAAAGGACGUGAUCCUGGAUGACCUCAGCAUCACUGGGGAGAAGAUGAGUGACAUUUACGUGAAAGGCUGGAUGGUCGGCCACGAGGAGAACAAGCAGAAGACAGAUGUGCACUACAGGUCUAUGGGCGGAGAGGGCAACUUCAACUGGAGAUUUGUCUUUCCCUUCGACUAUCUCCCUGCUGAGCAAGUGUGCUACAUCGCCAAAAAGGAGCACUUCUGGAGCUUGGACAAGACUGAAAAUAAGAUUCCACCACAGCUUAUCCUGCAGAUCUGGGACAAUGACAAGUUCUCCUUUGAUGACUACUUGGGCUCCAUUCAGAUGGACCUUAAUCGGAUGCCCAAACCUGCCAAGACUGCUGAAAAGUGCUCCCUGGAGCUGGUGGACGAGACCUUGUCUUCGGGACGUUUUGUGUCCCUCUUUGAGCAGAAAACCGUCAAGGGUUGGUGGCCCUGCGUUGCUGAGCAGGAUGAGAAGAAGAUCCUGGCAGGUAAAUUGGAAAUGACUCUGGAAAUUGUGGCAGAGCAAGAGCAUGAAGAGCGACCAGCUGGGAUGGGUCGUGAUGAGCCGAAUAUGAACCCCAAGCUGGAGGACCCCAAACGCCCGGAGACCUCCUUCCUGUGGUUCACCUCCCCGUACAAGACGCUGAAGUACAUCCUCUGGCGGCGGUACAAGUGGGUGGCUGUCCUGGUCAUCGUGCUCUUCAUUGUGCUGCUCUUCCUUGGGAUCUUCAUCUACGCCUUCCCGAACUAUGCUGCUAUGAAGCUGGUGAAGCCCUUCAGCUGAAGCUGCGCUGGCGGCCGCCGGAGGCUCCGGUGCCGGCCGGGGAUGUGGGACACGGGCGCCCUGCUCAGGAACACCCUUUCUCCAGCCCCAGUGUUGGCCGCUGCCAAAACGAAGACGUAACUUUGCUCGAUGCAGAUGCAGAAGCCCACCUGCAGCACGUAACCAAAGCCUGCCUUGAAGCACCUCUUUCUUUACCUCUCUCUGUCUCUCUCCUUUCUCAGCUGCUCUCAUUUAAAGACCUUGGGUGUCCGUGCAAAACGGAAGAGGGUCGGGGAGCAACGGGCCCCUUCCAGAGUGUAUAAAGAUGUUGUAGUCCUUCGUGAGGAGCUGUGGGCUGCCCGUUGAAGCAGUAGAUGCAAGCCAAAGCCAAAGCCAAAGCCAAAGCCUCUGUGGUCCUGAGCGUUUUCUGUUUGCUCUGAGAAGCAACAGUCAUGCAAUUUUCCUCUGCCCUGCAAUGCAUGUUUGCUGGUUGAUAGUAAAAGCAAGCGGAGACACAACGUGCUGGGCAGCCCGCACCCCGGUGCUGUCGCGUUGCCUCCCCAAAGGCAGCCGGGGACAGGGGACCUGGUGGUGGCAAUGGUGACACUGAAGCUCCUGCAGGACACGGUGGGUGUGAGGGACAACACCGCCCUUCACCCGCAGGGUGGCCCGGGUCUGUGGAGGCUGCUGUCCGGCUAAGCUGCUCUUUUACCUCGACAGUCCCACGAGCCUGCCUUAAAACCUGCGCUUUGGUGGCAGAGAGAGCGGAGCCGGCCAGGGAGCGGCUCCGAGAGCAGCCCCGGAGCAGAACUGGGCACGGGGCUUUGCUCCUCGCCCGUUCUAUUACGUGCAAGCCCAGAAUUACAUAAACUAACAAUAUUAGUCUUUAUUCUCCUGUUCUCCCAAACAUGCUUAAGCCUUUUUCUAAGGAUUUUCCUGAAACCC